CUUUCAAGUCCUGGUUAUAGAAGGUGUAGAAGGUAGUCGUGAGCAUCUUGUUUAUCUCAGAAUAGUCUCAACAUUCCUCCUCGCUGUUGCUGUUGACGCAACGCCCCGACAAACGAAGCCGUUCGUCGUACUAGGCUUAAGGGAACAGACACAGAAUGAAUUUUGUGCGAUCGGAUACGGGUGCGUCUAUGGACGAGGACGAAGAGAAGACGCCGGAAAUGCGACCAGAUGGAGCAGUAGGUCAUCAGCACUGGUCGUUGCCAAAUCAGGGCGCCUUUCUCGCAGCCACUAGCUUUGCCGUGAGUGUCGCAUCGGCAACAGAAGAAACGGAUAUAUUCCGCUUGCGUGAUUCAGAUUUGUCAUCGACGACCGACACAGGCAGCUCAAGAAGCACAGCACCGCAGCGAGUUUAUCCCCCAGAUGAAAUUACAGUUAAAGCGCUGCUUCCUUCUCGGUCACUGCAUCCCUUCGCUCCACCAUGCAGGACAGGAGAGGUGGGGGAUUGCAUGUUGGGGCGUCGUGCUUUCACGAGCUCCAGAUCAUCAUCUGCAGGGAUCCGAGUGGAGGGAAACGACAGUGACCAAGUCGAGCGCUUCUUUACAGGAUUGGCGUACGAAACUCACGACAUCGAAGCUGGUGCUAGCACUGGUGAAGUAGAUCGGAACAACGUAGAGCAUCAGCUUCAGCGGCAACAUCAAGCAACAGGAGUUCAGCUGUCUGGUGGAGCUUCAGCUCAACAAGGAGUGCCGGACGCUGUUCUCCAAAGCUUGCAGUCCCACUAUGAAAAGAAGAUACUCCAGCGGCGCACGCUCUUCACGUGGCUGCGCGCCGUUUCUUCCGAACGUAACAAGAUCCCGGAUGAACUUCGGCUGCGAGUCGCGUUUCAAGAAAUCCGCAAACUGGGACACCUCACUCGAACUCUUCUUCAGCGGUCGGCAAAGAAAACGCAACGGGAACGAAUGCGGACAUUCGUGCGCGAAUGGCACGACGUGGCGCUCGCGUCUAGAAAUGGAGGCUGUGAAGAUAAACUUCUUUUGGACAACAAAAAAGCGCAGCUGGUGCAAAAAAGACGGGCAGUUUUUCUCGCACGUGCGCAUGUCAGCCGAAGGAGUCGGCAGCUGUUGCUGCGCUGCUUUCACGCACUACUUCGAAACGUGAGCUGUGCGACGUUGAUGCGAGCGAGGGCGAUGAAGCAGGACGGAGGAACUGCUGCUCCGAGACUAACGUCAUCUGCGACGAAUAGUUGUAGUACUUCGCCGGGUCGUGCAAUGGGAAUGAAACAAGCACUCAAUGUCGGAGGUGACUCUGAUAAUUUGACCAACCGAAUAGAUGCUGCUACAGUCGAGCACCCCACCGGGCAAGAGCAGUCCUGCAUUUUCCCAUUGUCAUUUCCGAGUACCGGCGGUCGCGGAAGACUGCUGACGGACCGCGGUAAUACAUAUGUUUCUACUCGUGCGGCAGCUGCAGCUGCACCACCACCAGCACCACCACGAAACUACGCUGCUGGGCAGCCCCCUUCAUCUUCUACUCACCAGCACCAGUGUCCAUCUGCUCGCGUCAUUUCAGCUCGCACAUCUUUGCCA